AUCAUCAUCAUCGUUAUCCUUCCCAUUAUCACCUAUGUGCGUCCAUAUCACCGUGACGAUGGACUCCAACAACACUGGGUCCCUGGUUUAUAUCAAUACUUCAUUCCCCAUCCUGCCUGUAAUAUCCAGUUCCACUAAUAGAAGUGGAAGGGAAGCAUAUUUUCAGAGACUGGCUCAUUUGGAUGAAGGACUCUAUAACGACUUUUACGGCCUCUGGAUUACACUGAUGGUCAUAAACUCUCUCAUAUUCCUGGUGGGCAUGGUGCUCAACACCGUCGCACUUUAUGUUUUCUGUUUCCACACCAAGCAGAAGACCACCUCAGUCAUCUACACCAUCAACCUGGCAGUGACGGACCUCUUGGUGAAUCUGUCGCUGCCGACUCGCAUCCUGCUCUACUACAGUGGAGGAGCUUGUCUCACCUGCUUCUACCUGCACAUUUUCAGCUACUUUGUCAACAUGUACUGCAGCAUUUGGUUUCUGACCUGCAUCUGUGUCGACCGCUACCUUGCUAUUGUGCAGGUUGAAGCUUCCCGUCGCUGGAGAAACUCCAGUGUGGCCAAAUGUGUGUGUGUCUCGGUCUGGCUGUUUGCCAUUGUGGUCACCUAUUCCUUCCUCUCCACUGCUUUCCAGCACACGGGCUGCUGCGUGUCAAAGCUUCUCUUCCUGACCAUCACCGAGUUUUUCCUGCCACUCAUCGUCAUUGUGUUCUUUACCUUGAGGGUCAUGUGGGCCUUGGCUGACCGCAGUCUGAUGCAGCAGAGCAGGGAAAGGAGAAGAAGGGCUGUCCAGCUGCUGACCACAGUGCUGAUCAUCUUCACUGUGUGUUUCACACCCUUCCACAUCAGACAGGUGGUGGUGUACUUCCACCCAGAGAUGCCUCAUCACGCUAUUGUGUACCACUUAACCGUCACUCUCAGCAGUUUGAAUAGCUGUAUGGAUCCUGUCGUCUACUGCUUUGUUACAAAUAACUUCCAGGCCACUAUGAGGCAUCUUUUCCAUCGUGCAGACCCUGAACAUACUAGCGGUGACAUCGUCAGCAUGCAGCACAGCUCCAAGGCCUCUGGAGCGACGGCUAAUGCCAUCACUAAUAAUGUGAUCAUGAUGACCAAGUUUCCCACUCCAUUACAGGGACACACUGGGGAAGAACCACACGAUGUAAAUCCCCUUUCACAAACUAAAAAAUAGAGAUUUAUAGACACUCACCUGGGGACACGUGGCUGUUAUGUGUCUGACUCUGCACGUACUGGCCAGUGAUAGUGAGCGUGAAAUGGCAAAACUCGGAUUUAUGACAUGUGUCCACAGCAAUUUCAUAUUAAGGACCAACCUAAACAUAAAAGGUGGCAUAAGAACUGCUGCAGCAAAGCUGCUUCUUGAAGAGAUUACAACACUGACAAUAGACACCUUGAGUCUGCAACUCAUCAUCAAACCUAGUGUCAAAGAAACUUCUCUUGUUCAAAAUUCAACAUAAUACAGACCAUAUUAUGAUCGUAUUAUUAACCAUACAAUGACCAGUGCCACAUACCACUGUCAGAAAACAUUUGGGAUGACAACAUUUGUGCAGCAGAGGGCAACAUUGCACUCCCUUUUUCAGAGCUCAUUACUGACAGAGAACAGUGAAAAUGUGAUCAGUCUGUUA